UGACGUUGACAAAAAUUUCUAAAAUAAUACGUUACUUAUAUAUAAAACAAGUAUAUUUUUACAAAAUGUCCUCAAUAUACAAAAGAACUAUGGCUGCUUUAGAUAAAAUUGUUCCUACAAAAUUUCAACCAAUAUGGAUGCACCCAGCAGGUCCAAAAACGGUAUUUUUCUGGGCACCAGCAUUUAAAUGGGGAUUGGUGAUAGCUGGAAUUGCUGAUCUUCAACGUCCUGCAGAAUUACUGAGUAUUUCUCAAACUACGGCUUUGGUCGUUACUGGAGUUAUUUGGUCGAGAUGGUCGAUGAUUAUUAUUCCUAAAAACUAUACAUUGCUUAGUGUCAAUGCAUUUAUAGCUAUUACUCAAGGUGUUCAAUUAAUUAGGGUAUUACAUUAUCAAUUUAGUAAUAAAUAGCUAUAACAUUAUUCUUUCAGGAAUACAUUUGUAAGUUAUUUUUAUUUGAUAACCAUAUCAAAACGAUAUGAUUAAAGUAAAAUUAUAAUGAAGUGCUUUAAAUAAAGUUCUAUAUAUAUUUCAGUAUAAGGGCAAGUUUGAAGUAUGAUUUGGUUUCUUUUUUUUAUUUUUA